CUUGUGGUGAGUGCAGGGCUCAGAUAUGAUUCCUCCCAUCUUACGCUCACACAUAUGCUGGAGAAAGUCGAGUAUUCUCCUAAAGUGAAAUUGUAUAAGUUCGUCUGUGAGAUCUUUAAAGAUUACCUGCAUCAGUACUUAAAGGGUUACAUUGUUCAACCUGGCUUAGAUUUACUCAGCACUGAUUUAAUAGACUUGGAAGUGGUGGGGAACACGUGCAUUGUUGAGUUUAAUUCUACUGAAAAUGCAGAAAGAUUUGUAAAAUACUCACUAUCUGAGAAGAAUCCUGUGCUUUACAUGCAUAAGGCUUUAGCUUGUGAGCAGCUGCCCAUAGUUGGCACAAAUUCAAGGCUCUGUGAACUUGGUGAAAACGUAGACCGUUGCCAACCUGUACUGUCAAACAAAGUAAUGGUUCAGAAACUCCCAAAAGGAUACUUCAAGUUUAAAUCAUGUAACCAUGCAAAACGGUUUGUGGAAGCAGCUGGUGAAAACCCUGUUACAUAUUUGGACAAGCCUUUGGUUUGCAAGCCGCUUCCCCUAGCUGCUAGUAACAGCAGGGAAAUGGACACUGACAACCACCCUCAUACUUGGUCCAGAAAAGUUAUUGAGUACUUCAAACUUUCUGUUGCCAAACAGCUAAAGAAUAUUGGGGAAGGGAUUGAGUUUACUAUUGUUUCCCAUGAUAGAGACUUGUGCUCAGCUGUCAUUGAGUUCAACAACGCUGAGUCAGCAAGCCUUGUGGUGAGUGCAGGGCUCAGAUAUGAUUCCUCCCAUCUUACGCUCACACAUAUGCUGGAGAAAGUUGAGUUUUCUUCUAAAGUUAAAUUGUUUGAUUUUGACUGUCAGAUCUUCUCAGAAUACCUUCAACAGUAUUUGAUGGGAUAUGUUGUUAAAGCUGGUCUACUUGGUACUCAUAUAAAAGAUAUGGAAGUGUUGGAAAACACCUGCAUUGUUGAGUUUGCGUCUUCUGAACACGCUGCCAAAUUUGUCAAGUAUUCUCAAUCUAGCAACAACCCGAUACUUUACAUGAACGAACCAGUGAAGUGCAAGCACCUUCCUAUGAGUGCAACAAACACACAAGAGGUCCGUGCUGUUGCUGAAAAGUUGCCAUCAAGCAAAGCAACGGUGCUGGAUGCAUCAUACACCAUGCAUUCAUCAUUGAAAGAGCCCAUCAUUUUAGAGGACUCCUGGGAAUCAAAUGCUAUUUAUGACGACCUUCAAGUGGUGUGUGAAGAAAGUGGUACAGCAAAUGAUUUGCCUUCAUUUAUGGAUAAAUUGAGAGCCACCAGCACACCGAAGCACACUUCUGAAGGAUCGAACUACCUUCCACAAUCUGAUGAAGAAGAUGAAGAUGAGGAAUAUGAAUAUGUUGAUGAAGAGAACAAGUCAAAGGAUACGAACCAUGUUCUAGCCCCUUUGAGAACACGCAAGGAAACUGAAAUUUUCUUAACCUGCCUUAAAAUGAGAAUGGUUGAUGGAAAAUUUAAAGCAUCACAGAAAGUAUGGCGGGAGGUUUCCGAAGAUUUGAGAACUAUCCACAACAUUGAAGUCUUUGCUGGAGGCUGCCAAACGAGAUGGAAAUCCCUUGGGGACCGACUCAGAACAGAAAAGACAAAGGCCCAAAGCGUAUGGCCCCACCGAUUUGAUGUUGCUUUGCUAAAAGGUACUCCCAACAUAUUUGGGAAACGUAUUGCAUCUCCUAAUGUAGGAGUAAUCUCCACACCCCUUAGAAAAAAAGAAAAGCUGAAGGGAUCCAAAAAGCCAGGAUAUAACCUUUAAUGACCAGGCAACACUUUGCCUUAUCGACUUGCGAACAGAAUACAGUGCCCAGUUUGAAAGUCAAAACUACCGCCACAAAGCGCUCUGGGAAAAGAUUUCUUCUGAGAUGUGCAAAGCUGGCCAUGAGUGCAGAGGUUCUCAAUGUCAGGAUGAAAUGGACAAACUAAUGGAUCAAUACAAAUCGUUUGAGGAACGAAGGGCAGUAACUGGAAACAACACUGACACAUUCGCCUAUGAGGAAGAAAUGCGCGCAUUUAUGGGUCACUGGGUAAAUGUCCGACCCAAAAGUUUGAUUUCAUUUGGCUGUGUCAACAGGUGUACCCAGAAUUUGUAGUUCUUUUUCCUUGAGUUUUUUUUUUUUUUUUUCUGAUUGAUUAUUUUUCUUUGGACUAUUUUAUGUACUUGUGAUGCGUUGAGAUAGGAUUCUAUUAUCUAAUUAAUGUCAAAGUAGACAUUAUGAAGAAUGAGUUUUAUUUUUUGUUUUUACUGAAUGAUUUUUAUAUUUCUUUGUAGUAUUGUUAUCUACUUUGUGAUCUAUGUAGUUUUUAAUGUUAAAGUAUUCCAGUUCCUUACUUUUAAAUGGGCCUUUUAAGUUAUAACAAUGAUCAUUGUUGUGCCCACAUUGUUGUGAGAUGUUGUCCAGUUCCUUGCAUGGAAGAUAGUGUUCUCCUAUCGGUUUAAUGUCAAAGUGGACAAAGUCAUAAUCAAUAAUAACGGGUUUUAUUUGUUGUUUUAUCUGAAUGAUUUUUAUAGAAGAUGUCUCUAUUCAUCUGACUUUCUAG